AUGUCGAUCUAUCCGGCGGUAUCACCGAUCGAUGAAUCAUCAAGCAAUGAUGAACGUCAUGAAAAGGUCUCAAUGCUUAAACUCACUCGGGACAAUUGGACCGAAUGGAAAAAGUUCUUUGUCGAUCUUCUCACUGGUUGGGGCCAUGAAGAAAUCUUUGACGAAGCAUGGUGUAAAAUUCAUGCUAAGGAAAAAGUCUAUCGAAAGAAAUCGGUGCUUGCUUUCACUCUUCUUCGAUCGUGUCUUUCCUCUGAUUUGAAGCCUGUCGCUGCCGCCGCCGAUACGUUCAAUAACGCUGUAGUAUGCCAAUUGUGUUUCAAGUAUCAAAUUGCAUAA